AUGGCUCCUCGCGAGGUCAGCUUCCACCGGGAGCUUGCGGUGUUGCUCCAGCGCUUUGGCUUGACUCGCAGCCCGUCCGUCAACGCCAUUAACAGUCUUCCUGCCGGCCGCCUCCACAUUUUGCGCGUCCUCCUCUCCUCUCUUCUCCGUGACAGUCCCUCGCGUGAGUAUCGGAUUGCGAAUGCCACCCUCCUCGAAAUCUCCGACCUCAAUGAUCGCUUGCUACGGCGCCUCCAUGAGGCCAAUUUCCGUGCCCUUUGCAAUGCCUUUGCUCUGCCAGCCAAUGCCAAUCCUAUCCAUUUGGCUGCCCUAGACAUCGUCUCCCUCGAAUUGUUUCACGAUAGCAUCACCGCCCUCCAGACUGCGGCCAACCAUGACCGUCGCGUCCUGUCCCCUGCCUUCCCCGCCGAGCUGCAGCGCCUCUGGGAGGCCAGUCAGAACUUGCUCGACGCCCACGAUAGCGAGAUCGCUCCUCCUUCCUCCCGCGCGUUUUUCGUUGUUGCUCCUCCGUUAGUUUGGGCUCUCUGGGGUGAGCCGUACUUAUUUGGGCUGGGUAUCAGGAGCUGGUAG